AUCGAAUUGCUCAAACUCGUGUUAAAAAUUUAAAAUUAGGUGACGACCGAAUAAAUGGAACAAAAAUGUGCCCGGUGACAAUACAAAAAUAAAUUGCCAGGCUGCCAGCGAUCCAAUAAUUGCAUCGCAAAACCUAAGGUUGCCGUCGAUUGAUCGAUACCGGAGGAGAGAUGAGCGACGGAGGAAAGAGCAGAGGUGCUGUGGCCCCUGGCACCGCCCAAGAGCCGGCGCCGCCGCAUCCUAAUUAUUACUACGGGACGUUUCAAGGAGUGGCCAAUUAUCAAGCUCCUCCGCCUCCGCACUCUCCGCCAGUCAUCGGUUUUCCUCAGCCUAUUCCUCCUGCAGGUGUAUCUGGCGCUCCUCCUCAUUAUUAUCCGCAUGGUUAUCAAGCUGUUCAAGGCUAUGCUGUUGCUGAAGGUAGACCAUUAAGGGAGCACCGGCUACGAUGUUGCGGUCUUGGGCUGGGAUGGUCAUUGUUCAUAGUUGGUUUCUUUCUCGGGGCCAUCCCCUGGUAUAUUGGAGCUUUUAUACUUUUGUGUGUUCGAGUGGACUACAGAGAGAAGCCCGGGCUUGUCGCUUGCACAUUAGCUGCAAUCAUUGCAAUGAUAGCAGUCACCCUUGGAGUAACAAAGGCUACUCAUUCCUGGUGAAGAGGGAAAUCUCAAACGGUGUGAAAAUUUGUGGUUCUAAAUCUAUGUUUGUUUAUCCUUCUAUUAAUAUUAAUAUAAAUUUGUACAGCAGCUGUUAGUUUGAUCUGCAUUGGCAAUUACCUUUCUUUUUUGUCAAUGGUCUUAACAAUGAAUUGCAGAUUUGUGAUUUGUCAUCUCUCUCUCAAUGUAGGAGGGUUUGAUUAUUUUGGAAAAGUAUUGAAAGAAUUACAUUUGAUUUUCUUUUUAUUGUAGUUAAAAAAAAGUAUACUCCCUC